CUGCCGGUGUUGGUGUGCUUCUGUCACUGCUGCGGCGUCUCUCGCCCGGUCUCCCGUCUUCCCGCUCCUCUCGCCUCUCCGCCAUGGCGUCCGUCACACCGCUGGGGUCGCGGAGCCGGGGCUCCGCGGCCUCCCUGCAGCUGAGUCCCACGCACCAAUUACGGCUGCAGCAGAAGGAGGAGCUGCGGCAGCUGAACGACCGCUUGGCCGUCUACAUCGACAAGGUGCGGAGCCUGGAGACGGAGAACAGCUCCCUGCAGCUGCAGGUCACGGAGCGGGAGGAGGUGCGCGGCCGCGAGGUCGCCAGCCUCAAGGCGGUCUACGAGACCGAGUUGGCCGACGCCCGUCAGACGCUGGACGACACUGCUCGGGAGCGGGCCAGGCUGCAGAUCGAACUGAGCAAGCUCCGCGCCGAUUAUGAGCAGCUCCGGGGCAGCUACGAAAAAAAAGAAACAGACCUCAAUGCAGCUCAAAUAAAAAUCAGAGAGCUUGAAGCAGCCCUCAAUUCUAAAGAAGCUGCACUGGCCACAGCACUUGGUGAUAAGAGAAGCCUGGAGGAAGAAAAUGAUAAUUUAAGAGAUCAAAUUGUACAGCUUGAAGCUUCUUCGGCUGCUGUCAAGGAACAGCUUGCAAAUGAAACCUUACAGAAGGUUGAUCUUGAAAACCGUUGUCAGAGUCUCAUUGAGGACUUGGAAUUCCGUAAAAAUAUGUAUGAGGAGGAAAUCAAUGAAACAAAAAGGAAACAUGAGACUCGCUUGGUUGAAGUUGAUUCUGGGCGUCAAAUUGAAUAUGAACAUAAACUGGCCCAAGCCCUUAGUGAAAUAAGAAUGGAGCACGAUGCACAAGUGAAGCUAUACAAAGAAGAGCUUGAACAGACUUACUGUGCCAAACUUGAGAAUGCUAAACUGUCCUCUGAAAUGAACAGUUCUGCAACCAAUUUGAUGAGAGAAGAACUGAAUGAAAGUCACAUACGAAUUGAUACUCUGACUUCCCAUCUCACCAGCCUUCAGAAAGAGUCUCGAGCGUGGCAAGAUAGAGUGCAAGAGCUUGAGGACAGCUUGGCCAAGGAACGGGAAAACUGUCACAAAUUACUGUCUGAGAAAGAGAGAGAAAUGGCCGAGUUAAGAAGUAAGGUGCAGGAGCAGCUGGAUGACUAUGAACAACUUCUGGAUGUUAAACUAGCGCUUGAUAUGGAGAUCAGUGCAUACCGGAAAUUGCUUGAGGGUGAAGAGGAGAGAUUGCAACUUUCUGCAAGCCCAUCUUCCCGAGUGACUGUUUCACGCGCUUCGUCAAGCCGUAGUGUGCGUACAACCAGAGGGAAGAGGAAGAGGAUAGAUGUGGAAGAAUCUGAAGCCAGCAGUAGUGUUAGCAUUUCCCACUCAGCUUCUGCCACUGGAAGUGUCUCUAUUGAGGAGAUAGACAUUGAUGGAAAGUUCAUCCGCUUGAAGAACAACUCUAGACAGGAUCAACCUAUGGGAGGUUGGGAGCUGAUCCGAAAAAUAGGAGACACUUCUGCUAUUUACAAAUAUACCUCAAGAUAUGUACUAAAGGCAGGCCAAACUGUUACAAUCUGGGCUGCAAAUGCUGGAGUAACUGCUAGCCCUCCCACUGACCUCAUCUGGAAGAACCAGAAUUCUUGGGGCACUGGUGAAGAUGUGAAAGUUGUACUGAAAAAUUCUCAGGGAGAGGAGGUUGCUCAGAGAAGCACUGUCUUUAAAACAACUGUACAUGAAGAGGAAGAGGAGGGAGCUGAGGAAGAAGAAGCUGAAGCUAUGGAGAAGCAAGGCCUUUAUUACCAGCAGGCAAGCUCGAAGGCAUCUAACAGAAGCUGUGUGAUCAUGUAAACUUCUAGUCAGCGGGGUUCCUCAAAUUAUGGUAAAUAUUAUCUGCAGAACAGAGCCUGCUCAUAAGCACAACGUAUUUUUGUAUUUUCUGUAUGUGAAGUUUUAUGCUGCGAGUCUGAUGGCCUUAAUUUUCUUUGUCAAUGAAAAGGAAGUUUUGUAAAAGAAAUACCUGUAACUUUCUCACAGGAUGUGAAUUGUUGAUUCUGAACAAUGUACUGUUUGAAAAGUGAUGUCCCUGUCACCCAGAUUUAUAUGCCAGUCCUUUUCUUGAAACCUUACUGGAAUAGAAAUAUUCCAAUGUUUUGGGGAUCGAUUUUUCUUAGAUUAUACCACUGUAGACUAGUCAGUUGCUGUUGAUCUCUUUAUUGUUAGGUGCUGUUGGGGAAGGGGAUACUAUGAUACUAUGAAUACUUUUAUACUAGAGACUUUUUUUCCCUACAAUGCAGUCAAGCCUAUAAAACUUUUUCUAUAGAAAAGAACAGCUUUGUUUUAACAAACAAAAAAGAAACAAACCCAAAAAAAUACAAACAAGCAAAGCAAAUGAAAGCAAAUACAAGAAAACAUACAGAAAAAAACAUAGCCCAAGUGAUCAUGAAUGCACUCAGAUGAUGAAGGAUGCAGUGAAACUCCUUAUAGGUACUCUUUUCCUUUAUUUAGAUUUUCUUCUGCAAGACGGUUCAUAUUGAAUGUGUUAGAUGUGUUGUUAAGAUAUUGUAACCAGUUUCUCAAACUAUUUUUUUAGCAAGCAGAGAACCUUUUUCGUAUGGCUUGUCUUGCUUAUAAUUUGUAUGAACAAAAGUAAGGCUUUUAGGAGUAUAGUCUACAUUUGUAUGGAAACCCAUUUCAAUUUUGUCAAUGUAGAAAGUUUUUAUGUCUUUCCUGCAUUAAUCUAUUGUCUGAAAAAGUUUUGAAUAAAGUAUUUCUGUUUAAAUUGUCAAGUAAA